AUGCCAUUGAAUCAUUUUUUUCGAUACAACAAUACCAAAGAGCUGUCAACUCGGCCAACUGCUUUUGGUAGUUUGAGAAGACCUCUUUUGUGUCUAACACGUUCCUCAUUUGUGGACCAAGCGAGCAAGAAGACUUUUCAGACCCCUCCAACACCGCCAGCCUCCAAAACCACAACUACUACCACAACCAUUAUCACAACCACAACCACAACCACAACCACCCGGCCCAGUUGCCAUUCCUUACCAACACCGCUCACUGUUCACAAGCCCGAUGGGUGUGGGAAACAAGACAAACGCAGAGGAAAGACAUUUGAUAACAAAGAUAAAGACCUCCAGCUUCUCCAACGGCAACUGGCUGCCUAUGAGAAGUUGGAACAGGCUUGGGAAGAUAGGCGAAAAGAUCACCAUCAACGUGAACGAUAUAUGCAGAGACAACUUAGAGACACUCAUCUAGGUUUAGUUGAACUUCAAAGCCAAUCAGAUCACAGAAAGUGGCUAAUGUGCAGGGCAAGAAGUUGA